GGAGCGGAAAGCCGAGGCUCGGUGUCUGUAAUAUGGAAAGACUCCGGUAUCUAAACGUGUAGCCGAGUUGUUGCCUCUGUUUGCGUGCUCUCGAGCGUUUCGGGCCCAUAGUGAGUGUGAGUGUGUGUGUGUGGGGGGAGCGGCAUCGCGGAUGCGCGCGCUGUAAACCGCAGCAGUGAGAUGUUCCGCGCGCGCUGCUGAAGGUCUCAGCUUUCACGCGCCUUUUCACACUGCGGACCCUCAUGUCUGCAUGUCAUUGCAGUCGGUUUCGCCCGGGUUUCUUCUUCUGAUGCUCCGAACACUCGGGUGCUUUCAUGUAGCAUAGAAACGGAAGUGGCAGUUUGACCGGAAAGUCUCUUUAAUUUCCUUCACAGCGCGCGCGGUCGAUCAUUCGCAGACUCAAUCAGACGGUUUUAAUGAGGACUCGUUAUUAAAGAGGAUUGUCCCCCUGCACCUAGUCUACAAGGAGGAGACAUCUUGCACUGUGGACCUGGACGGAAACCGGGUUGAGAAAUGUUUGACUUGCAGUACCUGAGACAAAGCAGAGAAAUAGUCAUUUCUAGACAAAUCAGACAGUAAUGGAGCAGCACAGCCAGAGGAAUCCUGAUGUCCAGUCAUCUUCAGGAGAACUGAAAGCAUCUACAAAGGACUCUACUCUUGUUCCAGUCUCAGAGAGCUGUUCCGCUUCACCAAGCACACCAGCUGUAGCUCUGACUAGGCCAAGGAGGCCCCAGAGAACCCCCCGGAUAGAAGGAUCCACUGACAUAUCAAAUCCUGAGGUCCCAGACUGUCCUGAAUCGAACCAGGACAAAGACGACCCUUCUGCUCCCAACAAGGCCAGCCAACGGUCAGGUCCAGCCCAGCAGCUCCAUGAUGACAAACCCUGUAGACCAUCCACUCUGGCUGGACAUACUGCGUCAGCGAGGAGCCACAUCUCCAUGAGAGCAGCCUCGCUUCCUCAGGCACCAUCCUACAACCCGUCACUCACAGAUCCCUCCGUUCACCCUCAGAGGGCGCUCUCUGUAGCCGGAACAGCGGAUACAAAGCCUCAGUCUGACGAGGAUUUCAGAGUGCACAUAAUCACAUGGAACGUGGGCUCAGCCAUGCCCCCAGAUGACAUCACUUCCUUGUUGGGGCUGAACGUAGGCGAUGGAAAUACAGACAUGUAUAUUGUAGGAUUACAGGAAGUGAACUCCAUGAUCAAUAAACGACUGAAGGAUGCCCUUUUCACCGACCAGUGGAGCGAAGUCUGCAUGGACACACUCAGCCGCUUUGGCUACGUGUUGGUGACAUCACAGAGAAUGCAGGGUGUAUUGCUGCUGGUGUUUGCGAAGUACUACCACCUGCCUUUUAUCAGAGGCAUACAGACUGAAAACACACGCACUGGGCUGGGGGGAAUCUGGGGAAACAAGGGCGGAGUGAGCGCUCGGAUGUGUGUGUUCGGCCACGCGAUAUGCUUCCUGAACUGCCACCUGCCGGCACACAUGGAGAACACGGAGAAGCGCAUGGAGGAUUUUGAGAGCAUUCUGCAGCAGCAACAGUUUGAAGGUCAAGCCGCUAUGGGAGUCCUGGAUCAUGAUGUUGUUUUCUGGUUUGGGGAUCUGAACUUCCGUAUUGAAGACUUGGAGAUGCAUGCGGUUAAGGCAGCUAUUGAUAAUAACAAACUUUCCAUGCUGUGGGAAAAAGACCAGUUGAACAUGGCCAAAGACACUGAGACUGUACUGGAAGGCUUCCAGGAAGGACCUCUCAAAUUCCCUCCUACAUACAAGUUUGAUGUGGGAACUAACACCUAUGAUACCAGUGGGAAAAAGCGUAAGCCAGCAUGGACCGAUCGCAUUCUGUGGCGGAUGAGGCCAAUGGCUCUAGCUAGCAAUGUGUCCAGGCGUAGCUCGGUGUCAGGCCUCACCACCGGCACUCGAGUUACACAGCACUUCUACCGCAGUCACAUGGAGUACACUGUCAGCGACCACAAGCCCGUCUCCUCCAUCUUCACCCUGCAGUUCCCAUAUAAGGUGGACAUCCCUUUGGUAACACUCAUUGUAGAGGAUGAAUGGAGGGACGUGACUGAUGCCAUGGCCAAAUUUAAGGUGGUGCACGGUUACUCCAGAAGUUCCUGGGACUGGAUUGGACUUUACAAGGUUGGAUUUAAACAUCAUAAAGACUAUGUGAGUUACACUUGGGCUAAACAGGAGGAAUCAGAUUACCUGAGACAGGAGCACCAUGUCACCUUUGCAGAGGAGGAGUUACCAAAGGAGUCUGGUGACUACAUUUUGGGUUACUUUAGCAACAAUAUGAACUCUAUUGUGGGCGUUACUGAGCCAUUCCAGAUCCAGUUGCCCUCGUCCAGCGCGGCUGGUCUCAGUCCCUCCGACAGCUCAGAUUUUACCUCUGAGGAUGAGGUCAAGAAGGGCAGCAGCAGCAGUAGCCGCAGCGCCACGCCCACCGAGCAAGAGGGAACCACCCACAAACCCCUUUCAGGACACGACUCAUCCCAUUCCACUUCCAGCUCAAAGGCUGGCAGCCCCGUUAAAACGACUGACUCCACAGAUGAUCGAGACUCAAACUCAGGGAAAAACCGCGGAAAGCCACAGGUGCCCUAAACGAGCACAAUGAGACGCUGGAGCGGGCAUGAGGAUGUAGCGCAGGAGCUUAAGGAUUCUCACUUGUGCUUUUGCUGUCUCGUGACGUUGUUUGUUACUUGGAGUCUUACAUGUGGAAGGACAGAGUUACAGCGGUGGACUGAAUUAAAGUCUUUGUCUUUUUUUCCGCAGUUCAUGUCAGACGUCAUUCUCCAACUUUCCUUUCCCCCUAUUUUAAUCAGCUACAAACAGAAUGGUUCAAUUCUGGGAUUUUAAGAAAGAGCAAAGCACAAUAGUUCGAUUAAAAUAUUUUUUAAAUAAUACAUAAUGAGGAUUUAGCCUUUGGUGUUUUCCAAUGUAUAUAAUGCCUUUUAAACUCAAUCAGGACACUCUGCAGUGGUGUUUGUUGAGGGCAUCGCAGGUCUUUCCUAAAUCUCUGUGAAACUGCCAGGUUUUCAGGUUUCUUUUGCUGAUUAAAAUGCCUUUGCUGACCGCCGCACUAACGAUAAGAGUGAUUUGGUGGUAGCACACGUCAGCCGGUUCUAUUUUCUCUCAUUAAUCUGCCAGGACUCAUCCGGGGCAUUCGUUUCUUGUAUUGACGAGAAGUUAGACGUUUACUAUCAGUGUAGGGACCUGCGCUUUCAUCCGCUAAGCUCCAUACGCUGUAUGUCAGGAGAGGCCGAUCCAUUGUAGCAGCCGUGUAUUGCUAGCAGAACAUGAUUAAAUGUUAAGUGUUACACAGGUCCGUCUGCGCACCCGUCGACUCUCCCACGUGAAUUUCACAUCGCUGGAGUCAUAUCGUCCGUUCCUUGCUUUGCUGUGGUAGUGUUCUUCUUACAGUUGAGGUCUUGAAAGGCAAACCUUGACAGAAAUCUCCGAGGUCAUGUUCUUCCACGUCUUUUAAGAAUCCAAUGCUAAACGAAAUGUGCACGCGCUGCGUAAGCCUAGUAUAGACUGUGCAAAAGGGAACCAUGUUGAGAAAGAAAAGAAAAAACUUUUUUCUUUAACCGUGACCGUGACUGGGGAAAAAAACAAACGCGUUAGCAAGAACUUAUUCAUACUUUGUGAAUAAAUCAUACAACAAUAUUCAAGUUAAUCUAGUUAGAUGUGUGGAAGAACGUCACAUAAACGUUUUUGUGCCUGGUUAGAUUUGAUCUUAAGUGUCACGCAGUACUACAUCACUGCUGUAACUGUAACUGUGGAGAUUCUGUGAUUGUGUCAUCUGGUAUUUUCUAGGAUUUGUCCUGUGUGGUGAAGAUCUCUCUCUAAAUCUCUCUCAAUCUCUCUCUCUCUUUCUCUCUCUCUCUCGCUAGUUCCACUGAUUAGCAGUUCCGGUAGCUGUAGUCCAGUAUCUGGUGAAUCUCAGUGCACCGUUUAGGACCAGGAGUACUAUUUUACACAGCGUGCUAUGUAAGUGUAAGACCGUGUAUAUGUACUUACGCGUUUGUAUGUGUGUGACUGUACUGUAUGUCAUGCAAACAUAUUGUGCUGUGAAAAAGCAGAAUUCAAAGCUGCGUGAAAUUCUAAACGACCCUUAAACUUUAAGGUUAGAUAAAAGGACGAGGUUGGACGUGUUUUAUGUAGUUUCGCGCUUUUUAUAUUUUUCCAUGUAGAACUACUAUAAAAAAAAAGAAUAUAUUUGAAAAAGCAUAUUAAUCAGAGCCAUCCUCACAGAACAGUGACAUGUUGUAGUUAGAUGUAUCAGACCUAUUUGAGGUAAUGAUCCAUAUUACACCUAAGUGUAAUAUCACCCAAUAUCAAGUGGGCUGGACCAACAAAAAACAAAACACUUUAAUAGAUCAAUAACAAACGAGCAGAAUGAAUUCUUUUGGAAGGAGACAUGGUGACGGCGUCAAAUUUUUUAGCUUGCUGAGAAUUAUAUCGUUUAGCAAAUUUUGCCGGUCGCUGAUUUUAUGGCCCUGAUCUUAUUCCUGUGUGGUAACGGUGCUCGUCAGAUUUACUCAGAUUAACAUCAUAUUUGUAGUUUUAUAAAACUCUUACAAUCAUCCUCCUGGGAGCAGCGAAACAUUACGGGCUGGAAAUAUUUUUUUACUGACGGGCGUAAAAGAAACAGUGCUGUCUCCUAAACAACGCGGGUGUGAUGUUUCUGCUAUUGAACGCUUGACCACAGCUUAUGAAAACAGGAUAUACUUUUUACAGCCUGUAUUUAUUGAAUUAUUACUGAGCUGAGAGUUAUUUAUAUGCACUUAUGCUUCUCAGUUCUUUCUUUCAUUCAUUCUUUCUUUCUUACAUGACAGAAUCAAUCUCUUAGGGUCUAUUUCACCUACAGUCCUCAGUAUUGUGGUUAGAGAGCUUUGGGUCAGGAUUAUGAAUUAAGGGUCAGGUUUAGAUCUUGUUUGUGUCUGUAGAAUAGCUGGGACUCAUCCCUGAGAGGGAAAUUGUUUAUGUAUAUGGGUAGAACUGACAAUCAUUGCCAAAAAAAAAGAAAAAGAAACUAUUGUGUUUAUAUAACGUGAUAUUGUAUGUAUAUGUGUAUUAAUUGAUAUUUUUACGGCAUUAUAUAUACUAUAUGCAGAAUGCCAUUCUGCUGGCCAGGGUCUUGAAGGCAUUAUAAAUAGGCAGGUUUUCAUUUAAAUUACAAAAUCACAAAUGCUUUAUUUGAAUGAGGGUGAGUCAAAGGAAAGCGAAUGAAUAAAUAAAUUAAUAUAUAAAUAAGCAGGUUCAAUUCUAAUUUCUGUUGUACUUUUAAGAGUUUCAUAUGACUCACCCUUGCAUUUCGUUUUUUUUUUUUGCAUAUCUAAUUGUAUAUCUGACCUGAUGUAUUUUGUUAAAUCAGAUCCGAUUUAUUCUGUAAUGUAUUAUAUAAUUGAUUAUUUUAUUUCAGAUUUUAUUGAAGUGUAGUACUUUAUAGAUUAGUGUAUUUCAUUGAUGAAGGUUCAUCUGUGAUGGAAGCCACGUGGCCGAUGUUGUCGAACACUAGUGUCCAUAAGAAAAUAAAUCCUUGUCAAUGUGAAA